UUUCCGUGGGCUCGCCGUGCACUUGUAUGGUCUGGAGAGGCUUACUUGUCUUAUAGUUUAGGUGCUUUAGCUAUCUUUGGUUUCACUGCUUGUUGCUUUGUCUGGUUCAAUAAUACUGCUUAUCCUAGUGAGUUUUACGGGCCAACUGGACCCGAAGCGUCUCAAGCUCAAGCAUUUACUUUUCUAGUUAGAGACCAGCGUCUUGGGGCUAACGUGGGAUCCGCUCAAGGACCUACUGGUUUAGGUAAAUAUCUAAUGCGUUCCCCGACUGGAGAAGUCAUUUUUGGAGGAGAAACUAUGCGUUUUUGGGAUCUGCGUGCUCCCUGGUUAGAACCUCUAAGGGGUCCCAAUGGUUUGGACUUGAGUAGGCUGAAAAAAGACAUACAACCUUGGCAAGAACGGCGUUCCGCGGAAUAUAUGACUCACGCUCCUUUAGGUUCUUUAAAUUCCGUGGGUGGCGUAGCUACCGAGAUCAAUGCAGUCAAUUAUGUCUCUCCUAGAAGUUGGUUAGCUACUUCUCAUUUUGUUCUAGGAUUCUUCCUAUUCGUAGGUCAUUUGUGGCACGCGGGAAGGGCUCGUGCAGCUGCAGCAGGAUUUGAAAAAGGAAUUGAUCGUGAUUUUGAACCUGUUCUUUCUAUGACCCCUCUUAACUGAGACGGGAGAUCCAAUGCUUGAAGUAGGAAUCUA